UAUUAAUGAAGUCGCGCAUUGGCUCAGAGUCGCGUCAAUCCGGCUGCGCGACUUCUGUAGGCUGGCAGACUUCCUUCAAUAUUAUUUCUGGGGGAGCAGGGUAAAAGUACUAAAAAAUGUUGCCGAUCCACAACACUGGGAUGGACUGAAUGGAGGCAACGUUGUCAGCGAGCGGAGAUAAUAAAUCCGUCUACAGUCAACCGCGACACACACCGGUAAGCAGAAAUACAAGAGUGGCUUGUUGAGUUCUCCCUAAACGUCCAGCCCUCGGCCUCCCCAUGCCUCCAUCUCCUCUUGACGACAGAAUUGUGGUGGCGCUGCCAAGGCCGAUCCGACCUCAGGAACUCCAACUGCGCCUGGACACCAGCUACCUGGACUCCUUCGCCACCAGCAGCAGCAGCAAGACAGUCAUCAGCACCACCGUGGUGAAGAUCCGGGCGACGGCCAAUCUUGUAACGUAUAUGCCCUCAUCCAAGGGCUCCACGCGAUCAUUGUCGUGUGGAUGCAGCAGUGCCAGCUGUUGCUCUGUGACUACCUAUGAGAAGGACAGCCAGAGCCUCAGCCACAGCCAGGUGAGCGCCAGCAGCCCCAACCUCAGCUAUGCCGGGCCCCCCACCUCAAUGGUCAGCAACCAUGAAGCAUUAAGCGCCCCCAGCCUCACCCCGGGCACUCCAAAAGCCGUAUCCACCGUGAGGGUCAUCCAUCCCAAUGAGCUCGCCAAAAGGAUGACCUGCUGCCCCAUGGGACACCCCGUAGGGCCUGUGCCCGUCAUCAUCGACUGCCGGCCCUUCAUGGAGUACAACAAGAGCCACAUCCGGGGGGCCGUGCACAUCAACUGUUCCGACAAGAUCAGCCGGCGGCGGCUGCAGCAAGGCAAGAUCACUGUGCUGGACCUCAUCUCCUGCCGCGAGGGCAAGGACUCUUUUAAGGGCAUCUUCUCCAAAGAGAUUGUGGUUUACGACGAGAGCACCACAGACCCCAACCGGCUGACAUCCUCCCAGCCUCUACAUGUGGUCCUGGAGUCACUGAGGAGGGAGGGCAAGGACCCCAUCAUCCUCAAAGGAGGCCUUAGCUGCUUCAGGCAGAGUCACGAGAACCUGUGCGAACACUCGCUGCACCUUCACGAGGGAUUAGACACGGGUGCAGCUGCUGGCCUGACGGGGGCGCUACCUCACUCCCUGCCCUCCACCCCGGACAUAGAGAACGCAGAGCUGACGCCAAUCCUGCCCUUCCUCUAUCUGGGGAACGAGCACAACGCUCAGGACAUCAACCUGCUGCAGCGCUUGAACAUCGGCUACAUCCUCAACGUGACCACCCACCUGCCGCUCUACCACUACGACACAGGCCUCUUCAUCUACAAGCGCCUGCCCGCCACCGACAGUAACAAGCAGAACCUGCGCCAGUAUUUCGAGGAGGCGUUUGAAUUUAUCGAGGAAGCACAUCAAGCAGGUAUGGGCCUUCUGAUCCACUGCCAGGCAGGCGUGUCUCGUUCAGCCACCAUCGUGAUCGCCUACCUGAUGAAGCACACCUGGAUGACCAUGACGGACGCCUACAAGUUUGUCAAAACCAGGAGGCCCAUCAUCUCCCCGAACCUCAACUUCAUGGGCCAGCUGUUGGAGUUCGAGGAGGACCUCAACAACGGAAUAACGCCACGAAUCCUCACGCCAAAGCUGAUUGGUGUGGAGACCGUCGUCUAAACGAACCCAUCGUCUGACUCGCCACUCAGACGUGUGCUCACUCUCGCUGUUUUUCAAGAGAGACCAGCUGGUUUGGAGCUUGAGAGAGAGAGAGAGAGAGAGAAAGAGAGAGAGAGAGAGAGAGAGAGCUGCUGUAUUCUUCUUGAAUCUCCUCGUGCUCAUCUUGGACUCUCUGGAGGUGCCAAAGCUCUGGGUCAGUGGUGAUGUGAAAUGCCAAAAAUCCCUACUGUUUGGACCUGGCCGAUGUCCCGGAGGAGAAGAUGAGUUAGAGAGAUAGAGAGGGAGCAAGUGGUCAGUGGGAAGAUUUCCACUUGUGACUGCAGAGGAGCGAAUAUGAGGGAAAGGAAAAUCGGUUUGGAAAAGAUAUUCAGUGUGCUUAGGGGCAAUUACUGACAAGAGAAACUCUUAAAGCUCACACUGUGGCACACAGUUUAUGUUUGCAGACUCAGGCGGGGUUGGCCAUGGCAGUGCCUGUCAAAAAAAAAAAAAAAAAGAAAAAAAAAAGGACAAGAUGAAGACAUGUUUGGUGUGUUAAUGUUGUUGUUCUAUUUUUAUACAGGGGUUUAUGGGGGUGACCAUGACAAGCCCACAGCGGCUUACUGUGCAAUAAUUUCAGAGUGGAAUGCAACUGAGACCUUGAUCUUAUGUGUAUAUAUGGGUAAUGAUUACGAAACAUUUCCAGCUCUUUGCUGAAAUACCAUUUUGAUGUUAAUGUAAUUAUUGUUGUUGAGUUCUAUACGUUUAUGUUUAUGGUGCAGACGGUUAUGCUGUAAUAUUUGGCGCAGAGACAGAAAAAAAAAAAUUUUUUUUUUGAGUGCAGCUUAUGGGUUUAUGUCAGUUGAACCACAAGUUCAUAUAUUUUAUGUGUUUGCUUUAGUAUUUUUUCGUUUUGCCAUUCCUGCAUCCACAUAUGCAUAUAUUUUUAGCAAUAUAUAUUAAUUAAUAUAUAUUACCAGACAGCCAUAAGAGCUUUUUUUAUGCAUGGCUGCUGGCAGAGGAAAGAACACUUUGAAAUAAUCAGUGAAUAUUGUAAAACAGGGCUACUGGUGAUGUUUAAUGUAACAGAGCAGAGGAUUUUCACUGCCUGCUUCUGUCUCCUCUGUUCUUUUUGCUCCGGUUCAUCCAUAAGCCAGCUCUGUUGUAAUGUACUUCACUGUUUUACCGUCCCUGUGUAGCUACACAUGAUGUUUUUGUCAGUGCCCUUCAUUUUGAACUAUGAUUUAGUCCGUUCUAAAGUAGCAGAGUUGAGGUUACACACUUCAAACGAACACGCACCUCUUUUAGCUCGACAGCAGUUGUACAGUAGAGCAGUGUGACCCUCGUCUAAUCUCUUGCAACUCCCUGUCGCUGACACUAAGCUACAGUUAAGUGAGCUCUCCUCUGCCUUACGAAGGCAAGAGCUGCCGUCACGUGCUGUUCUAGUGCCUCUAUCAAUGCCUUAAUUCAUGUGUCACCAGUGGGCCUGCUCAUGGUACAGCAUCACGUGCAGACGAAUGCAGAUCACACCGAGGUCGAAUUUGAGCUCCCAGACAAAAGCAACGUACUCCUCUUUGUCUCUGUUUAAUGUACACAUUUCUCUUUUCAAAGGUUAUUUCUGCGAUUCCUGAUCAAUGUGCAGAAUAUUGACGGAACUGCAUUUAAAGAUGCUGAAAAGCCUUGAGGUGAAAAAUGCUCAUUAUGUAACUCUGAUCUCGUGGUGGCAUUUGAAGGCGAAACGAAGCACCACCGUGAAUUGUAAAUCGACCUGGCACUAAAUAGUAGUGUAGUAAAGAGUAUAUGCACGCACACAAAGUUUACCCUCAUCCUGUUGCAUCUGAAUAUGCUCACCUUUGACUCGUAUUGCAACAAAUAUAUAUAGAUAGAUAUGAAGUGCAAAGGCUAAAAAAAAAUAAUUCUCAUCUUGCUAGUGCUACUUCUUCAUGCCUUCAUUCUUAUCCAAACCACAGAUUUCUGAACUGUUAGUGAACAGAAUCUCAAUUUUGCAAAUAAGCCUGGUUAGUUUUUACACAUCUGGUUCUCUCAGCUGUUGACACUUUUAGUGGAAAUGAUAAAAAGGGAAAUAUUUUAUGUAGCCAUGUUGGAUGCAUGUGUUUUAAGGUGUAGUUCACUUGUCUUUUCAACCACUUGUAUACAACUGAGCACACGGUAUACACACCUUGUCGAGAUCAGUGUUGUUGUCUGAAAGCCUCGAGUGUCCAAAACUAAGAAUAGCCUUGUUUUAGCCUGAGAACGAUGCACUUUUGAUCCGAUUGGUUUUGAUUUGAUAAACCCAAGGGCUGAUUAAAGUUUUUUCCAAGAUAUAACAGAGCAUGCAGUCCUUCACUUGAAGUUAAAACACGAAAUUCAGACCAAAACCAAAAAAAAAAAACCAAGAAGGUACAAGGUCAAAGUUCAUCCAGUAUUUUAUAGUUCCUACCAAGCUGACUUGAAGCAGCUUCACAAAUGGUGGUUCCUGUUCUGUUUAUGUUCACAUGUUCUUUUGAUUUUCUUUUCAGCUCUCCAUUGUUUGCAUGAAAAUAAAGGCAUAAAACGAAGCACAGGGCUAACGAUAUCAUUGUCAAAGUACCAACACCAACAUCUGUUUUGCAACACCACCUUCAUUAUAUCUUACAAAACUGAACCCACAAGUUUGUCAGAUGGUCUCGUGUCUCUAUCAGUAAGAUGAAGGUAAAUGUGAGGAGUUUUCACAGCGUCAUGAAUACAAACUCACAGUGCACUCAGUAAGGCUUUACAACACCAACAUCCACAACAAUAAGCUUCAAAAAUCCCUCAUGUGAAAAUUCACGCUAUGCAAAAUGAAACUGUAACGGGAUGUUUCUUUACCCAACUGUCAUGAAAUUGUUUUUUUUUUUUUUUUGUGAGGUCUCUGCGAACAUCUCGAGCAUGAAUAACAAGUUUGCAGCCUCAGACUGAAGUGAGUUUUAAGUGUGACUUAUUGACAAAGAAGUUUGGAAAAAAAAACCAACAAAAAAAAAAAAAACCUUUGUGUGGCGACGUGUCCUCACUUGUAUUUUUGUUGCUGUUGUCAUUGGUGUCUACUGGUGCUCCACAAUAUAUUUGAAUAUGAUAAAAAAAAAAGGUAUAUAAUAACCAUUUAACACGCGUUUGUAGCUUGUGCAUUUAUAUUCAGUGAUAACCAUUUGCAAAAAAAACAAAAAAACAACAAAAAAAAACAAAGAAAAAGAAAAAAGAGAGUGCUUAUCAUCUGAGCCAAUGUUAUAUAAGAAUAAUGUACCUUUUCGUCCCAACUGCCGGUUCCUACAACCGCAGCGGCACAUGGCUUUUAUAUGUAAUGAUCUAUUUGACUGAACAAUGUAACCAUCGUACUGUACAUUACUCUCUCUGGUUGGAAAAGAAGCAUGCUGUGUGCUCCUUGUCUGUGAGGGACACUCGCAGUCAUUAUGGUGCUGUCUGUCUUUCCCACACUGCUCUUUCUGUAGAGGUCGCAGUCUGACUGACAGCUCCAAGAGGCAUCUGGAUCUGUUCUCCUUUUAUUUGGAAACACGGUUCUGUAUUAGAACAAUAUCAAGCUGUCACGUUCUUUACGACUUAUUUAAGAGUCUCUGCUUUGGGCUCAGAGGCUCCGGUGGAAACGGGCUUCGCUCUACAAGUCUCUGUAUCUUUCUUUGUGUCUGUAGUCAACGGUCAAGUAUAUACAGUAUAUAAAUAUAUAUCUAUUUUCUUUGUAUGCAUAUAUCCAUUACUAUUUUUGCACUGACCUACGGACAGAUGGAUUUAUUUUUUUCCACAAAGGGUGCUACUAUAACGGAGGCCUUCUCCCACACCUUUUUGCAUGACUUGCUCAAAAUUCCUCAACUGGUCUGUCAUCUCUCCUACUCUUCUCCUACUACUCCUUGAACUGUUGCAAUUGAAGCACUGUAAUUUUGUAAUCCCUACUUGUGAGCUUUGAAAUAAACAGGGAGGCUUCAAGUUUG